CCAUGUGAAUUGUACACGGCUGCGAGCCUUGUGAUGUCAUUUAUCUACCUCUAUCACCAUGUGUUCAAAAUGCCCCCCGCAAAUCUCUCCAUAACCCUCGACGAAAACCGACUAUUCGCACCGGGCGAUGUCAUCACGGGCAGCAUCCACGGCAUACACCCAAACAACUAUGGUCCCGUCGAACUCAUUCUCCAAGGCAUAAGCAAGACAUAUAUCAGACAAGGAAAAUCCUCCGUCUACGACCAAGUAUCGCUCCUCAACCAAGUCGGAUACGUCAGUCCAGCCCAAGGAGAUCAAGGCGUGCGUUUUGCAUUCACGGUCCCCGCCCAAGUCCAGCGAUACACUUCAACGUCGACGAGGGAUCGUCGCUCGUGGAGUCAGUCGUGGCGUGCGGUGGACGGGUUUGAAGGGGACGCAGGACAUGCGCUUCCUCCGACGAGGACGGUUGUGCUGUCUGGUGCCUAUGGGAGUCCAGGCGGUGGGUAUAUCGCGUAUAUCAUCGCAGCGCGACAAAUCCAACACGAUGGGAGUGGCAAAGUCCUCGCACAGGGUGAGCGGGAUAUAGCCCUCACAACAGCCCGAAUGUCAGCAGCGGAUUAUCGGCGAUUGCAAUACGCAGAUUCAACCAUCAGCACAAUGGAACGGGUCGCGCUGAAUGUCCAGAAAGCAUAUUACCGAGCCAGAAGCAGACAGCGGUCCAUGACAGAGAAUAUCAGGAAUGCGUUUACCAGCUUUCCUGUUCUGAGAUUGAAAGCAGUCUUCACUACCCCUAGCAUCGCUGCCGCUGGGAGAGAGACGUAUCUUUCUUUACGAUUACGGACAUCGGCAGAGACGCGUCCAAAUGACUGUCCUCUCCCGCCGAUUACGCUGAAAUCCGUUAAUAUUCGUCUUAAAAACGUGGCUGGGGUUCGAUGUCAGGGAUUAUUUUUUGAUGCAAUUGAAUACUCUUCGCAAACGGUGGAUUCGAUACGGAACAUGGACGAUCAUGUCUUUUAUCCUACGCGUGAUCGUUCAGAAUAUCAGGAUGUAUCGUAUUGUGUCCGGUUUACGGUUCCUGCGAUGUGCACUCCGAAUUUUCAGACGUAUAAUCUGAAUACGUUUUGGUAUGUUAAGGGCGAGGCGGUGUUCGCAUAUCUGGAUCAGAAGGAUACAGUCAAGUUCAAGAGUGAGAUUAUGUUGGUGUCUGCGCCUAGGUAGUGGAUGACCAUAAUUCAAUAUCUUCCUAUAUUACACAUCUAUAGUACAGGCUUCCUCCCUGGCGCCAAUAGCGCUGCAUGCCGGAGUGCCUGAGGCAGGAUUGACGUUGAUCACGUGCAGAUAUUAAAUAACCCCUUCUCCAGGACUUGAAAGGUUCAACAUCCGGAUUCAAUCUUGUCGUUCGACUUGAUGGAUGCCAAAGGAGCACAAGAAGAUGGAUAUCAAUUUGAUAGAGCACAUGGAAAUGAAAUCAUACACAUGGCUUCGUAUCAUCGUCGAGAUUUCGACCUUGCUGUGAUCAAUGUUGAUACCCACGACGAUGAGCAAAUC